UCCUAGGUGGCGUAGCGUUGCAUAUUUUGUAUGAUCUGACAAGCGCAGUUACAUACAUGAAGGUUUGCUUGAAAAAAAUUAGCGUGACUCAUAUGAUUAAAGAGCAUUUUUUCCCCAUUUUUUUAAUUUCUCGUAUACCUAUUUAAAUCCAGUUCCUUUCCGGGAUUCGAGAGUUGUUAAAGGAAAGCUGAAUUCCUUCUGUUUAUAAACAGAAACCCCACUUUAUGGAAGCUCUGCAUCCUUGUUCUCUUAGACAGCCAAAGAGAGUUGGAAACACUACUGUUUAUAAAGUAAGAAAAUCUUUAAUUUCAACGCAUCUGGUGUGAUGAUAACUCCAAGAACAACGCCGCGUCUCGUCUCCUGUGUGUGGACAUGCUUAGCACUAUGCCGUCCUGCGCAAAGAAUAACAGCUCAUGCGACCUAUUGUGUCUUAUUUCUUCUUGUUUUUAAGGGAGCUCUUCAACAGUUGAAGAUCUACAACAGUCCUGUAUUGGCAGAAGUUCAAUGUGAUGACAGGUUUUUGGAUUCAGGAAGUGGUGGUUUCUUUAGGCGUGGAGACAUAUAUUUUGAAGAUUUUGAAGAACUGUCUGAUUUUGAAGAAGAAGACGCUACGUUAUCUAGUGGAGAGGGAAGCGCAGCUGACUCUCAAGAUCCUCCUCCACCUCUUAUCACCCCUCCACCUCCAGAACCAGCUAUUGGAGAAACUGGACGACUGGGGCCUCCAGGACAAAAGGGAGAAACUGGACAAGAUGGACUAACUGGUCAGAAGGGUGAGCCCGGAAGAGUGGUCACAGUUCAUCCUCCUGUCGUAGCCACAGUUGCCACCAAAGGAGAGAAGGGAGAACGUGGAGACAUUGGGUUACCUGGUCCGCGUGGACUAAAGGGUGAUAAAGGCGAGUGUUUGACUGGCCCACCAGGGCCACCAGGACCAAGUGAACCACCUUUUACACACAUAUUUGGUAGUGGAUCUGGUGGUUGGAGUCCCAUUGACUUGGGAUCAGGAGAACAGGAUGGUUUUGUUUUUGGAAAAAAAUUAGAAGGAUCACCUGGACCUCCAGGACCACCUGGAUUGCCUGGACUACCAUGUACUUGUAAUGUUUCUUCAUAUACCAUUCCUGGACCUCGUGGGUUUCCUGGUGCACCUGGAAGAGAUGGUCAAAAUGGAUUGCCAGGAUUAAUCGGUUUGCCUGGUGUUAAAGGGGACACUGGAGCAGUAGGACAACCAGGGAGGAAGGGUGAUAAGGGUGAACCAGGACUCCCUGGAAUAAACGGAAUACAAGGAAAGAAAGGAGAGCCAGGUGUGGAUGGACUACCUGGAUCACCUGGACCUCGAGGUUUUCCUGGACCUCCUGGCCCCCCUGGAUUGCCAUCAUCUCCAAGAAAUAUUUUUGAAUUGGAUGGGUCUUUUUCUUCUGGAGCAUAUGGAGCUUCUGGUGAUGGUAUAUUUGGGUCACAUGCAGGAGAACCUGGUCCUAAGGGUAUUCAAGGUCCUCCAGGAGUCAGAGGACCCCCAGGUCCAAGAGGAAACAAAGGUUAUCCUGGAGAAAAAGGAGAACAAGGAAGCCAAGGUCCUAAAGGAGAGAAGGGUUUUUAUGGAGAACCUGGGGAGAAAGGAAACCAAGGAGUUCCUGGAAAGGCUGGAAUUCAAGGUUUUGCAGGACUACCUGGUAAAAAAGGAGAAAAAGGAGAAAAGGGAGAUGCAGGGCCGCCAGGAAUUGGGCUUCCUGGAUUACCUGGACUUAGUUUCUCUAAGGGUGAAUAUUCAUCUAUUGUUGGGCCAGUGGGUCCAAAGGGAGAUAAAGGAGAGCCAGGAGUAACUGGAGAACCUGGAUCUCCUGGACAACCUGGACUGCCUGGCCUAUUUGGAUUAAAGGGUGAACCAGGACCAAGGGGAUUUCCUGGAGAAUCUGGACCUGUGGGUUUGAAUGGAAAACCUGGUCCUCAAGGACCUCCUGGACCUCCUGGAGCAACCAAAGUAGUAACAGAGAAUGGGGUAGUCAAAGUAAUUGGAGAAAGAGGUGAGAAAGGGGAUAAAGGCAUUCGGGGCCGAAGAGGAAAACGUGGCCCUCCUGGACUCCCUGGUCCUCCAGGAAAGCAAGGACCCAUAGGAGAAAUUGGAUUUCCCGGAUUUCCUGGAAGGCCUGGUUUAAUAGGACCACCUGGACUAAAAGGAGAACCCGGGUUUGGUGAGAAAGGAGAUAAAGGAGAAGUAGGACCUCCAGGUCCACCAGGAAAAAAUUACUUUGGAAACAGAAUUGGAUAUGAAGACAACAGUCUUGGUGUAAGAUAUAGUCCAGGACUGAAAGGAGAAAAAGGAGAACCUGGACCAAAUGGUCCUAAAGGUCUUGCUGGACCUCCUGGACUUAAAGGUCAAAGAGGUCUUCCAGGAAUUCCAGGAACACCUGGACCUAAAGGAAAUUCAGGGCCACCGGGUCCUCCUGGACCACCUGGUAAAUUUUCAUCUGGAAAUCAAUUUGAAAAUUUUAUCCCAGUUUCUGGGCCUCCUGGACCCCCAGGUCCAAGGGGUUCCCCUGGAACAGUAAUUGAGGGUCUUCCUGGACCACCAGGCCCACCAGGGAUUGGUAAACCAGGGCCUCCAGGUCCUCCAGGACCUCCAGGUUCACAAUACUAUCCUAAAUGGCUUCAGAAUCCUGUAGGAGGAAGAGCUUACAGAAGGAAAAGAGGUUUUGCAAACAAAGGACUGUAUUAUAAACAAGGACCACCAGGACCACCAGGCCCUCCUGGUCCAUCAUCUACAAGAGAUGAUGACUAUGAUCAACCAAGCAUAGCACAUGUGGCUGUGACAUUUACCAACCAGGAAUUCUUGCUUCAAGCAUCUCACAAAAGUCCGCGUGGAACUCUUGCUUUUCUACUCGAUGAAGAUGCCCUGUUGGUGAAGGUUACACAAGGCUGGCAGUAUAUUCGACUUGGACCCAUCCUGCCUUCACCAAAACCAACAAUAGCACCAACUACGGGUUUUACCACAAAUAAACCAGGACCAACAAGUACAUAUAAUUUGGUGCUUGAGAAUAGCGGAAGGCUACGAAUGGCUGCCUUAAAUCAACCAAUGAAGGGGGACAUGCACGGCGUGAGAGGAGUAGAUUAUGACUGUUAUAGGCAAGCGAGACAAGCCAACUUACGAGGCACUUUUCGAGCCUUCUUAGCUUCAAAGGUUCAAGAUUUAAACAGUAUUGUCUACUAUAAGGAUAGAAAAUCCCCUGUUGUUAACAUCAAGGAGGAGGUGAUUUUCAAUUCUUGGAAAGACAUGUUUACAGGGAAUGGAGCGACGUUUCCAUUUCCUCCUCGGAUUUAUUCGUUUGAUGGAAGAAAUGUAUUAUUUGAUAACUUCUGGCCACAGAAAGUUGUGUGGCAUGGAUCCAACAAAUUUGGAGUUCGAGAUGAGAACAAUUACUGUGAAUCUUGGCAGAGCAGUAGCUUAACGAAUCAUGGAUUGACUAGUUCCUUGAUAAAGAAUCGUCUAUUAGGACAAGAAGAAUACUCUUGUAACAAUUCCUUCAUUGUUCUCUGCGUGGAGACCAUAAGUAGAAAGGAAAGCUUGCACAGGGAGAAGAGGAGCCUUAAGCAAGAAGGAGAAGAGAUGGAAAAGGAAUUAACGCCUGAGGAAUAUCGACAACUAAUAGAAGAUAUUGACAGGGAAGCUGGUGAAAAGAAAUUAAGAAACUGACUCAAAUGAAUAAACUUAUAAAUCUCUUACGUUUAUAAUUAUAUAAACGAAAGAGAGAGAGAAUGCAGAUAAUUUUGAAGUAUUUUAUUAGUUAUUGCUUAACAAAGUGCGAUAUUGAAGGAAGAAAAGAAAGUUGUUAUUUUGAAAAUGAAACACCGUAUAAAGAUGAUGUUAAGUUA